AUGGCGAUGACGACUGGCCGUGUGCUUCUGGUGUGUGCUCUCUGCGUGCUGUGGUGCGGUGCCUGCGGUGGUGGACGAGCUGAAGCAACUCCAGCUCCUUCGGAUACUACGCCCGACGAGGAAUCUCAAAAAGGAAAGGCCGUCGUUGUCACUGAAGGUGUCCAAAACGGUGAAAAGAAAGCGCCACAAGCAGCAGCACCAAUGACGUCAGGAUUACAGGGAGCGCCAGCAGAAGCGGCACAGGCACCACAACCCGGAGGAGUAUCAUUUGAAAAGGCAGAGGCAGCGAAGGACAACAACAACCAAAAAGGAGAAAAAACGGAGGAAAAAGAAGACGAAGAGGAAGAAGAAGAGGAUGAUACGGAAGAAGAUGGGGAGACAAUGAAAGAAGCCGAUACCGGCACCACAGAGGUGAUCUCAGCAGGCGGUCAAGAGCAGAGAAGUUUAUCUUCUGGUGUAGAGGAAGCAGAGAAUAAAACAAAUCCCAACAGCACAACAACAACCGGAGACGGUGAUUCAGCAGCUGAUGGUGCAGGGACAGCAGAGGGAAAACAAAAUGAAAAUAAAGAUGCCAAUCCGAAAGAAACACCAGUGACGGCCACAGCCACGAAACCCACAACGGCGACGACUGGCGACAAUGACGGCAGCACCGCGGUCUCCCACACCACCUCCCCUCUUUUGCUUCUUCUUCUUGUUGCGUGUGCGGCUGCGGCUGCGGUGGUGGCCGCGUGA